UUUCUCAGCGCGGCCCGCCGUCGACUCCUCCUUCCCGUGGCCUCCUCCCCGCGCCGGCGGAGCUGCGAGAUGCUGCGCCUCUGAUUACCCUCCUCCCGCCCCUGUCACCGAGAAAGGGGACGAGCGCUCGCCCACUCGCUGGAGGAGACUGCCCUGGCCUCCCUACCCCGCCGGCGAAACCAUGAGCUCCGGCCAGCAGCAGCCGCCGCCGCCGCGGAGGGUCACUAACGUGGGGUCCCUGCUGCUCACCCCGCAGGAGAACGAGUCCCUCUUCACCUUCCUGGGCAAGAAAUGUGUGACUAUGUCUUCAGCAGUGGUACAGUUAUAUGCAGCAGAUCGGAACUGUAUGUGGUCAAAGAAGUGCAGUGGUGUUGCUUGUCUUGUUAAGGACAAUCCACAGAGAUCUUAUUUUUUAAGAAUAUUUGAUAUCAAGGAUGGGAAACUAUUGUGGGAACAAGAGCUAUACAAUAACUUUGUAUAUAAUAGUCCUAGAGGAUAUUUUCAUACCUUUGCUGGAGAUACCUGUCAAGUUGCCCUUAAUUUUGCCAAUGAAGAAGAAGCAAAAAAAUUUCGAAAAGCAGUUACAGACUUGUUGGGCCGUCGACAAAGGAAAUCUGAGAAAAGACGAGACCCUCCAAACGGUCCUAAUCUACCCAUGGCAACAGUUGACAUAAAAAAUCCAGAAAUUACAACAAAUAGAUUUUAUGGUCCACAAGUCAACAACAUCUCCCAUACCAAAGAAAAGAAAAAAGGAAAAGCUAAAAAGAAGAGAUUAACUAAGGCAGAUAUUGGAACACCAAGCAAUUUCCAGCACAUUGGACAUGUUGGUUGGGAUCCGAAUACUGGCUUUGAUCUGAAUAAUUUGGAUCCAGAAUUGAAGAAUCUUUUUGAUCUGUGUGGAAUCUCAGAGGCACAACUUAAAGACAGAGAAACAUCAAAAGUUAUAUAUGACUUCAUUGAAAAAACAGGAGGUGUUGAAGCUGUUAAAAAUGAACUACGAAGGCAAGGUCCACCACAGUGGAGUGCACCACCACCUCCACCACCGUCCCGGGGAGGGCCGCCUCCUCCCCCGCCGCCUCCGCACAGUUCGGGCCCUCCUCCCCCUCCUGCCCGGGGAAGAGGGGCUCCUCCCCCGCCCCCUUCAAGAGCUCCCUCGGCUGCGCCGCCACCGCCGCCUCCGUCCAGGCCAGGUGUCGGGGUGCCUCCGCCACCGCCAAACAGGAUGUACCCUCCCCCUCCUCCGGCCCUUCCCUCCUCAGCGCCUUCCGGGCCGCCGCCACCUCCUCCGCCAAUGUCGGUGGCGGGGCCGGCGGCACCGCCCCCGCCGCCUCCACCUCCUCCGCCGCCGGGGCCGCCACCUCCCCCCGGCCUCCCUUCCGAUGGUGACCAUCAGGUUCCAACUUCUGCAGGAAGCAAAGCAGCUCUUUUAGAUCAAAUCAGAGAGGGUGCUCAGCUAAAAAAAGUGGAACAGAACAGUCGACCGGUGUCCUGCUCUGGAAGGGAUGCGCUUUUAGACCAGAUACGGCAGGGUAUUCAGCUGAAAUCUGUAUCUGACGGCCCAGAGUCUACACCACCGACACCUGCACCCACUUCAGGAAUUGUAGGUGCAUUAAUGGAAGUGAUGCAGAAAAGGAGCAAAGCCAUUCAUUCUUCAGAUGAAGAUGAGGAUGAAGAUGAUGAAGAAGAUUUUGAGGAUGAUGAUGAAUGGGAAGACUGAUCUAUAUAUUAUAUAUAUAUUUUUAAGGUGAAAUACUAAACACUACUUUCUGUCUAUGGAUUCUGUAAAAUUAUCAUGUAAAUGUUCUACCAAUUUGCUGUAUAUUUUUGUUGCCUUUUUGCUUUUUUUUAUUAAUCUGUGCAAUACCUCAUUUAAUCUGUAAGGGUUUGUCAUAAUCCUCUGCAAAGCUACUCCCUGUUACUGUGUGCACGUUUACACCAGGAUGCUCACUUAAUUUGUGAAUAUUUCUCAUUCCAUCAACAAGGGAGUUUAAAUAUUAUAUGUGAGACUGACAAAAACCUUAAUGUAAUUUAGUUAUAAUGCCAGAAGGAAAACACUAUUUUCAUACCCUACUUUUUCUGUACCUAAAUUUUCUUAUUAAAAUCUAGUAUAGCACUACAUUCUUUUUUAAGUGAUGCAAACUUUAGUUUAUUUAGCCCCUUCAUUUCGAACACAUGCCACAUGAAUGUUGAAGCUGAUACAUUGCACAGUUCUCUAGACAUCACUACACUGAUGCAGUUUCUCAAAUUUUAGCAAUAUGCGCUAUGUAAAAUCACUACAGAGAUGCUAGUUGGGAAAAUGGUAACACACCUCUUACAGCAAUAUUGCCUGUUACUGUACAGAUGUGGUAUUUGGAGGCUGGAAUCAUAAGGAGCCCUUGCAUACCUAUGCUUGACUGAGGUUAUUUUUGUGCUAUAGCAAAUGUGGCAGGCUCUUUUAGGCAAAAAUUUUAAAAAUAUUUUUGGUACUAUUCUGAAACAAAAGUUGUUGAGGUUUGGGGAUCUUAGAGAUAAUUUCGUUCUACAUGAACUGAAGGAGGCUAUACAUUGUGGUUACUUCAAUAUUUGGUUAAAUAUACUGUAAAAAUCAGAACAUCAUAAAAGUGGUGUGGAAUUAAGUAUUUUUAUUUUGCAGUCUGUAUAGAUUGAGGUAUUCAGAAAUACCAGACAUAAAAAUCUUACCUAUUUGGCAAAGGUAUACACUGUAAUGAUGAAACUAUUAUGCUGUUUUUUUAAAGUUUGAUAAUUUCUCAAGAUUUUUGUCAAAUGUCAGGUGAAGGGUUACAUUUUUCUUAAAAGAUUGGUGGUCCCAAUGUCAAAUUUCUUGAAAUACAAAACUGAAUGACAGAGUUAAAAAAAAAAACAAAUAAAA